AUGGAUGCCGGACUUACUAAGAAGAACCCUGUGCUGCUUGACCCAACUCUCCAAGUCACUCUUGCCAUGCGCCAACACCAACUGUCAAUUAUUAUUAUUUGCUGCUUCGCUCUACACGUCUUCGCUGUAGCUGGGUUUGUUGCGCUACCUGGGCGGCCUACUGAUCUUUCUCUCAAAGACUACACACCUCGAAGCAAAAGGCAGCCUUUGUCCACCCCAGAGCAGGGCAGCAUCGAUAGCGUAUCAACCCCAGGACAGCAAACGCAGAAUGCCACCAGCACUGCAGGCGAAGGGAAUGGUACAGACCCGGAUCCUGGGGUCAUAACAAAUCCUGCGGCGACACCAAUAUCUGGUGAAGUGAAUUGUACGGACGUAACCACAGGGCGAGACAACAAGUGCUGGGGGCAACUAAAACUUACCAAAUGGGUGGAAGACUGGGUGGACACUAACGCAUGCUAUACGAGCGAAGGAUUUGCGUCUUGUUUCUUGAGAAAGGAAGGCUUUCCUGGACUGGACUGCACGGGAAUCAAGAUCGAUACAUGUACAUCCCCACAAGGCGACAAUGUUCUGAAGGAGCCAGAGGUGUUUUAUGUUGCGUACAAUAUCUAUGCGAUUAAUCAAUUCUUCCUCUCAUGGUGGACUGCAGUCGGUGAUGCGGCGAGCAUGGCAACCGAUAAUGUCGGAGAGAUAGUCCAGUUGCUAGAUCCUCUCAGCAGUUCAAAUGCUGUUCUAGACGAUGUGCUCAUCACUCUGACAGGUAUCUUUGCGCUCGUGCCUGGUCUCGGAUACCUCGUGGAUGAGAUUGAGGGUUUCACUGAAGGAUGGACCGCCUUUGCGCAAAUAUUAGAAAACGCUCUCUUCGUCAUACCCCAAAUCGGGCGGUGGAUCUUCCCUAUCGACUCAGCAACGUCGCAAGUGAUACAGAUGGCCGAUCUAUCCACGCAAAUGGGCACCAUCAUCCAGACGGUGCAAGACAACCUGAACAAGACCCUCGUCGACGUCAUGAGUAAUACAACUAUGUUCCUCGCCUUCGCCAGUCAAGGCAAUUUCUCCGCCUCCGCACCAUCUCUACCAGACCAAACAAACUACCUCCUCUACGCCUUCAACACCUACAUAAUAUCGCAAGCCCUCACCGGCAACAACGUCUACGGCGUCAUCGGUCUGAACAGCAACCCGCAAUCCCUCUCCUUCAACGGCACCAAAACCAACUCCGCGUACGACUUCUCCUCCUGCCAAGGCUACAACGAGCAAAACGUCUGCGACGCGUGGUGGUUCAGCGGACGCUACGGCUCCGCCUUCGGCCUCGAUGACUUCAGCCACAUGAACCGCAACUACGGAGACGUGCUCACGACGCUCUUCACCAACUACACGACCGGCCAACUCCUCUUCGACGGCGCCUACGCUUGCAAUGCCAACGGCAACUACGGACAACCCGUCAACGUGACCGUCAACUCCGCCGGUGUCAACACGGGAUGUCUUUCGCAACUGAGGAUCCUGACGUGGGACAUGAGCUGCGACGACCCUCUGCAUCGCACGAGUCCUGGGUGCGAGUUCCUGGAGGCGCCGAGGCAGAACACGUUUUUUGGAGAUUGCAAUUCGCAUUCUGCGUACAGCGUGAUGGAUCAGCCGGUCUAUUGCGUGCCGUACAGCUAUCUGGGACCGUUGGUUACGCAGAAUGACAUCCAACUGAAGCGGAGUUAG